AUGACGACGAGCGAGACCGAAUGCGCCACCGAAGUGGUGGCUUGCAACGAUGACACGGAGUGCGUAGACUGCUUCACGUCGUAUGCUGCACUCGUGGAGGGAUGCCUUGUGUCAGCGGGUGGUACCACCUGCGAUGAUCUUGAAGGAGCUGUGUGCUGUGCGGUGGAUGGCUGCGAGGACAACGAUGGGCUCAAUGACCUCUUAGCCUGCAUCAAUGCGGAUACUGGUUGCUCCUUCGACCUUGGAGAUUGCGCAUCGGACGGAAGCCGAGCCAUUUCUGACUCCGAUGCCACCACCGACACCGAUUCCGCGGGCUACCUGACGACAUCGACAACCACGUCCACAACCGACACCAUUUACACCUCGAUGACGACGAGCGAGACCGAAUGCGCCACCGAAGUGGUGGCUUGCAACGAUGACACGGAGUGCGUAGACUGCGUCACGUCGUAUGCUGCACUCGUGGAGGGAUGCCUUGUGUCAGCGGGUGGUACCACCUGCGAUGAUCUUGAAGGAGCUGUGUGCUGUGCGGUGGAUGGCUGCGAGGACAACGAUGGGCUCAAUGACCUCUUAGCCUGCAUCAAUGCGGAUACUGGUUGCUCCUUCGACUUUGGAGAUUGCGCAUCGGGCGGAAGCCGAGCCAUUUCUGACUCCGAUGCCACCACCGACACCGAUUCCGCGGGCUACCUGACGACAUCGACAACCACGUCCACAACCGACACCAUUUACACCUCGAUGACGACGAGCGAGACCGAAUGCGCCACCGAAGUGGAGGCUUGCAACGAUGACACGGAGUGCGUAGACUGCUUCACGUCGUAUGCUGCACUCGUGGAGGGAUGCCUUGUGUCAGCGGGUGGUACCACCUGCGACGAUCUUGAAGGAGCUGUGUGCUGUGCGGUGGAUGGCUGCGAGGACAACGAUGGGCUCAGUGACCUCUUAGCCUGCAUCAAUGCGGAUACUGGUUGCUCCUUCGACCUUGGAGAUUGCGCAUCGGGCGGAAGCGGGGCCAUUUCUGGCUCCGAUACCACAACCGACACCGGAUCCCCCACCGAUACAUCCACCGACACCGAUUCCGAAAUCGAUGCUACGACCGACACUGAUAGUACCGCUGCUGACGACGGCGAGAGCACCGGCAGCGCGCCCCUCCCCAUCGGCGAUGACGACGAAGACAAGAAGGACGCUACAGACGACGCGGACCCGACCAACACCGAGUCAUCCGCCACCCGUUCCGCUGCGGCAAAGGGAAGUUCGGCCGUUGUUUGGCUGAUCGCCGCCGCUGCGCCCAGCCUGUGGCGCCGCUUCCAGUAA